AUGGGCGUCAAAGGUUUUGUUGAAGGAGGCAUAGCAUCCAUCAUUGCUGGGUGCACCACGCACCCUCUCGACCUCAUCAAGGUCCGGAUGCAGCUCCAGGGUGAGACCCACGCCCCCAACCCGAACCCUAACGCUGCUGUGCAAGCUGUUCGCCCCGCCUACGCCGCCGUCCACACCACCGCCGCUAGACGCGUCUCUAUCCCUCUCCCUCCCCCACCUCCCCCGGCGGCGCGUGCGGGUCCGAUUGCCGUUGGCGUCCGGAUCAUCCAACAAGAAGGCGUUGCCGCCAUGUUCUCCGGCGUGUCCGCCACCAUGCUCCGGCAGACUCUCUACUCCACGACGCGGAUGGGCCUCUACGACAUUCUCAAGCAGAAAUGGACCGACCCGACGACCCACAACAUGCCGCUCCCGAGCAAGAUCACCGCCGGGUUGAUCGCCGGAGCCAUCGGAGCCGCCGUGGGGAACCCGGCCGACGUGGCCAUGGUCCGAAUGCAAGCCGACGGUCGGCUCCCGGUGGCUGAGCGCCGCAACUACAAGAGCGUUAUCGACGCCAUAGCCCGAAUGGGGAAGCAAGAAGGGGUUACGAGCCUCUGGCGCGGGUCGUCGUUGACGAUCAACCGAGCGAUGCUCGUGACGGCGUCGCAGUUGGCGUCGUACGAUCAGAUCAAGGAGACGAUCCUGGACAAUGGGAUUAUGCGCGACGGGCUCGGGACCCACGUGACGGCGAGCUUUGCCGCUGGGUUCGUGGCUUCGGUGGCGUCGAACCCGGUCGAUGUGAUCAAGACCCGGAUCAUGAACAUGAAGGUGGAGGCAGGGGCUGAGCCGCCGUACUCGGGGGCUCUGGAUUGUGCGCUCAAAACGGUGCGCUCCGAGGGGCCUUUGGCGCUUUACAAGGGGUUUGUACCUACGAUUUCUAGGCAGGGACCUUUCACUGUUGUACUGUUCGUGACGCUGGAGCAGGUUCGCAAGUUGCUCAAGGAUUUCUGA